AUGGAGAGAAUUCACAUGAAAACAAAAUACAUGCCUAGUACAUCACAUCCCCGACCUAGCAAGGUUGAUAUUCACAGUGGUGCAAGAAAGCAUCUGUUUGAGACUGUGGAUGACAAGGCAUUCCAAGAGCUUAAGAAGCAGCUGCACGAGUCAGGAUACUCCGAGAUCGUGGGGUUUGAGUCGGUUGCUCUUGUCAAGCGGUUGUUUUCGGAAUUGACGUCUAUGCGCGACACUCAACAAACAUUGACGCAGCAUCUGAAUGAUAAGAACUCGAGCGAGCUGAACUUGCAGCGGCAGCUGCAUCCUCUUCAGAAGGAGAUAAGUCGUCUUGUGAGAGAGAACAAUCAGCUCCAUCUAGAGCUCAUACAGAGUGGUGAAGAGUCUGAGGCCCUCAAAAGCAAGCACAAACUCAGCACCAAGCAAUACGAGGGGAAAAUUCGAGAUCAGCAGUUCAUGAUAUCGGAGCAAGCCAAGCAUAUCCAUAGCCUUGAAGGCAAGGUGCAGGAACAGAAGGAGAGGAUUGAAAGUCUCCUUGACAACCACUGGGUUUAUACUGCAAGCAAUUCAGGAGAGAGUGUGCCAAUCGGGAUGGAGAUUUCAAUGAGUGCAAACCCAAGUCCUCCUCAACCUGAAAUAGACCAUGCCGUUGAGCAAGAAUUUGUUGAUUUGCAUGAUGCAACUGCGAAACAAAUCCUCAUGUUGGAAGAGAAGCUUCAAGAGUCUGCCAGCACACAAGUUCAGCUUCAGACCGAACUUGAUGUGCUGCAACUGAAGCUCAAGAAUCGCGAGAAAGAGAUUCUGAGAAUGGGGAAGCUUCUUUCUCAGAACAUCAACUCUGAACAGGAAUACCUUGAAAAGCAGGUGGACACGAAGGAUGAGACGAUUAAGCGAUUGAACCAACAACUUGACUUCUUGUCCGAGCAAGUAGCUCUUGGUGAGUCUUUGAAAUCAGAUCUCGAGGGAGUGAGAGAGGAAAACCGCAAACUCAACGUGAAGAACAGACACCUGAACGAGCAAGUGGCUCAGGCCGAGGAGGAGCUCACAAAGUUGCGGUUCGCGCAUGAGUACGAAAAAGAGAACGUCAUCCAUGAGAGGUACGAAACCAACGAAAGAGAUAAGAAAUGCUGGAGCUUCGAGUCAGCAGUGGAAGACUUGAAGGCUCAGAAGCAUGACCUGUCACAGAAACUCGAGGCAGUGAUGGGAGAGAAGCAGGAACUUCUUGCUGAACUGGCCCAUGUCACCCAAGAGCACCGGACAAGUAUUGAAGAUGUAGGAAAUCUGCAGAAAGAGCUGGCGGAAAUGAAGCGAUUGCGGGACAACCUGUAUGCUGUUGUCAUGGACUUUGAAGACCAGAUGGCGGUGGUGCAAGAAAGAAUCAAAGGAUUGGCACAAGAGAGGGAAGAACAGAGCUUGCUGUGCUCACAAACUGCCGACCGUCUGCACGAAAGGGAAGAUCAACUGACACAGUGUGCAAGGUAUAUCACGUCCUUGGAAGCACAAGUCCGGUUGCUCACUAGCAAACAAUCGGUCCAACAAGACGGCAAGAUGGAAGAUUUUUCAAAUCAAUUUGAGAAGCUGAUGAUCGAAUCGGAGAAGUCCCUUGAGUUCGUCUGUACUACCUUUGAAGAUUUGAAUCAGCGUGUAAAAACACUGGUGGAGGGUUCAACCGGUUCUCUGCAGCUUCUAGCAGACGAGAAGGAACGUUGCAUGGAGUUGCAGACAGAGAUGGAGAGCUUGCUGGAGUCUCUUGCCAGGAAGGACGAGGCCCUGAAGGAGCUGCAGACGUUGAUGAGCCACAUGGAUGAAGCCAAGGGCAACGCCGCACUGCAGAUUCAGUCGUACAGGAAGGAGAUGGAGACUCUGCAAGGAAGAAAUCUCAGUCUGGAGGGAGAGAAGGAGGAGCUGGUGGGAAGACUAGAGCGUGUGGAGCUCGAGCUCUCCCAGAUGAAGAUCAUGAUAGCUGAAGUAGACAGAGAGCGCGACGUCCUCGUUGCUCAGCUGGACGAGAAGUGCUCAAGGAUCGGCGAGCAAGAAUCGCGAGUGGGCGAGCUGACACAGCGCAACGAGCAGAAUGUUGCUAACGUCUCGAGCUUGAGGCAGCAAGUGGACUUGAUGCGAGACGCGCUUGAGGAGAGAGACGGUCAGCUUUCGUUGCUGCAACAGCGGCUGGAGGUGGAGGGGUCGGAGAAGAGGAGGAUGCACGCGGAGUUGGAGGGAACGAGGCAGGAGGUCGGCACCCUCGAGUCGGACCUCAACGCGAUGACGCGGGAGAAUCAAGUGGUGAAUGACGAGCUCGCGCACGUGGUGUCGCAACGGGACUGCCUCAAGAGAGACCUCGACGAGGUGAUGAACCGCGUGGCUGUGGUGGAGCACCUGCUCAAGAGCUGCGAGAGAGAGAAAGAAGACAUCCUGAUGAGUUACAAGGCUCUCAACGAGGAGAAAACGCGAGCUGAAGCAGCAUGCGAGCGAUACUCCCUCGAGUGCAGUGAGAUCCGAGCCCACGUGUACGCAAGGGAGGAGGAGGUGAUGAGGCUGCGUGAGGCCAACGCAGGGAUGGAGCAGGAGAUGCACAGGCUGCACCUGCAGUGCAAGGGAGUUCAGCGACAGCAGGAGGAGCUGUCGGAGAGACUCUUGGACGCGCAGAAUCGAAGCAAGGCAGAGGCUAUGAACUCGCGUAGCAGCCAGGAGGAGCUUCAGGCCUGCAAGCGGAUGGCAGCGAUGCUAGAGAAGCAAAAGCAAGACUGCGUGAAGGAGGGAUGCUUGCUGCGAGAUGAGAUUGUGGCACUGCGAGUGAAGCUGGACCAGGUCGGAGGAGAGAAGGACUUUCUGCGAAGUCAGCUGGAGGAAGAGCGAGGCAGGCGAGGAGAACUGGAAGGGAUGAUGCAGCAGCUGCGGGUGAAGGAGCAUGCAGCAUUCCAGGCAGAGAGAGAGAAGUCCACGGACAACGUUGAGCUGCAAGAGAAGCUGCACAAGGUGGUCACCGAGAACGAGCAUAAUGCCCAAGAGCUGCGACUGCUGAGGAGCCGGCGGGAGGAGCUGGAGUUCGAGCUGGAGAAGCACAGGAGGCUCAUCUCGAGCAAGUCUAUGGAAGAAGAGAGCAUGAGCGACGAGAUCUCCUCCCUCCGGGCAAACGUGGAGGAGCUGCAGCGGGUGGUGGAGCGACAGGACAAGGCGCUGCAAGCCAAGAGGGAGGAGCAGUCGCACCUCAAGGAGAGGCUGCAGAGGAUGCAGACAGAAGCUGAAAACAACGAGCGCAAAGUCCUUGAGCUGGAGACUCAGCUGAGAAAGCACGAGGUGCGAGCGCAGAGCAUGGAUAGCGCAGAGAGGCAUUCGUCCUCGUCCUUAGAACGUCACCUGGCCGACAAGGAGGAGCUGAGAGUGGCGCUUCGUCGCACCGAGGAGCAGCUUGAACGGACUCAUCAUCAGUACAAACUGGUGAAGGAGAGUGAAGGCAAGUUGAGUCAGAGGGUGAGGGAGCUGUCGGAUGAGCUCGAAGCGACGGUGAAGGAGAAGGAGGAGCUCGCCAGCCUCUCCGAGGACUUGAGGCUCGAAAGCUCCAAGUUGCGUGAGGAGGUGACGUCGCUGUCUGUCUUGCUGGAGAAGCUCGACAAGGAGCACAGAGCUCUGCAGAAGAAGUUCCUUGACCUCCACGAGCGAGCAGCUUCGAGGUCUCCCGGCCACUCUUCUCCCGAGUGA